AUGGAUGGGAGGAACGAUAUAGAAUUGGGCUCGUUUGAUAAAGGAAAUACCACGGUCGAGGAGGGACCUGCGACGCGGCCUCUAUCCUCUAAAAAGGAUGCCGGACAUACGUACGGGCAUUCUACAGGAUCGAGUGGCAGGCGGAAUCUUGAUCGAAAAUUCGACUCCCUCUCCAUUCUCGCCCUCUCGGUAACGCUGCUCGCAUCAUGGGAAGGUUUGGCAAGCACAUUCUCGGCAUCGUUGUUAAAUGGCGGUCCGUCAUCGUUGGUUUGGGGACUUCUGUUAUCGUUCACUGGCACAUUGGCGAUGGCUUUCUCGCUGGCCGAGAUGGCCUCCAUUUGCCCUAUUGCCGGCGCCCAGUACCAUUGGACUGCAUUGUUUGCGCCGACGGCAAUCCGACCUUUCAUUACAUGGAUGCAAGGCUGGGCUACAAUUUUUGCAUGGCAGUCAUCAACAACGAGUAUCUUUCUGCUUGUGGCGAAACAGGUACAGGGCUUGAUUAUACUCAACCAUCCAAGCUAUAAUGCGACACGAUGGCAGAGUACCUUGCUCAUGUGGGCUUUUACCGCUUUUUCGUUUGCGGUUAAUGUUUGGGGUAUUCGACUUCUGCCACUUCUCCAGCUUUUUGGGGGUAUCUUUCAUGUGGUCUUCUUCAUCGCGCUUUCGGUCCCGUUGAUUCUCUUAGCACCGCGAAGCACGCCUGAGUUCGUAUUCAAAACAGUCAUGAGCGAGGGCGGCUGGGAAAACAAUGGCAUUUCUUGGUGCAUUGGCAUGCUGACUGUGACAUACUGUUUCCUCGGCUUCGACGGUGCCGUCCACAUGAGUGAAGAAGUCCGCAAUCCUGCGAGAGUUGUGCCACGAAUUAUCGUCCAAUCUGUGGUCAUCAACGGCGUGUUAGCCUUCGGUUUCGUACUGAUCCUACUCUUUUUCAUCGGUGAUGUGAACGCCGCUCUAGAUACUGCAUCAGGCUUCCCUAGUAUAGCCAUAUUCUACACAGCCACAAACUCAGAAAAAGCUGCCACAGCCAUGCAAUGUGGCAUCACGGCAAUUGGCUUAAUAUCUAGUAUCGGGGUGGUUGCCUCGGUGUCACGGCUGACAUGGGCCUUUGCUCGCGAUGGUGGACUGCCUUUUUCCAAGUUCUUUUCUCAAAUCGACAACCGCUUCCAUGUCCCUUUUCAUUCCAUUGGACUUGUCUGCGGUGUUGCCGUUCUCCUUUCUCUGAUCAACAUUGGCUCCACGACAGCACUCGGUGCAAUUCUUGCCCUCAGCACCUGUUCGCUGUAUAUCUCAUAUUUGAUUCCAAUUACACUACUCGUCUUUCGACGCUUUGACACGAGCGGCACCAAAGUCAAAUGGGGUCCCUGGACAAUGGGGCCGUGGGUUGGUCUGGUGGUAAAUAUUUACUCUAUCGUAUUCGGCAUAUUUAUUAUAGUAUUCACCCCUUUUCCAUCCAUGCUGCCAGUCACGGCUGAGAAUAUGAAUUACUCCGGUCCGGUGUUUGGUGGUAUGGCUAUUCUUCUAGUCAUUGACUGGUUUGCUAGAGGCAAGGACAGGUUCAAAGGCCCGCUGAAGGAGCAAAUGCAAAAGGUAGCUAAGGCCUGA